GCCAUGGAAGCAGGACUCUCAGAGGUGAAAAGUGAGUUGCAGUCACGUGAUGAUCUCUUGAGAAUUACAGAAAUGGAACGACUGCAGUUGCAUAGAGAAUUAUUAAGAAUGGGAGAGUGCCAAAAUGCUCAAGAAAAUAAAAAAAGACUUGAAUCAUCUUAUUUACCUCCUCCUAAAGAACCAGAAAGGAAAAAGAAAGAGGUGUUUUCAGUGACCCCAGAUAAACCAAAUCAUGAAAAAGAAUUGAGCAAGAUAAGAAGCCAACUCUAUCAGGAGGAAGAGAACCGCAGCUCUGAGCGGGAAAGAAUGAGGCAUGAGAUCUGCGACCUAACAGAGGAGCUUCAUCAGAAGGAUGUCACUAUAGCAACAAUCACGAAGAAAGCCUCCCUUCUGGAAAGACAGUUAAAAAUGGAAUUAGAAAUAAAAGAAAAAAUGUUAGCAAAACAACAGGUAUGCAGGUGGGCAGGACAGCACCUGCCCAGGUCACCCUCUUGCUCAGUGCACAGAGCACCCCUCAUUAUUGUCUAAUAGAAGCAUAAAAGU